UGAGCUACAAGCGCUGCCAAAAAACACCCCCUUUCCUGUCGUUGUGUUAGCCUGGAGAAUUCCUCCUUAUUCCAGUUUUGGACAGACACACACCCGGAGACUACCUCAAUCGCAGUAUUAUACAGACCUAUAUAUUUGCCCAACCUCCUUGAUAUUACAACUUGGGAUCUGAAAGAACAAAAAAAAAACCAAACAAUUAAAAACUAAAAUCGCUGUAUUAUCGGUAAAGGUGUUUACAAAAGCUUGCGUAACGCGUUCCUGGUGUUGUUAUAAAUUUGGAGAGUGCGCGUCCGGCUGUACAGACUGCCGACUGCAGACGAGGCGCGCGAUGGACAAGGCCAUUAAGACCCUAGUCACAGCGUUUCAGGAUUCAGCCAGAGGGAGUGCGGAGCUGGGGAAGGACGAAUUCGAGAAUCUCAUCCGUACGCAACUACCAAACAUCCUGACGCACACAAAGGAUGACGAAGCGGUGGCGGACCUGAUGCGCCAACUCGACUCCAACAAGGACGGGAAGAUCAGCUUCAGAGAGUACCUGGACCUCAUCGGAGAGGUCGGCCGCUGCCUGAGCCAGCAUAGACUGUCUGAACAGCACUGAGACACUGUGCUUGCAUCACACUGCAUUUCAACCUGCCCGCUGCUUUACCAGACCUCUCUGUGCUUUACAAUGCUUCCCUGUGCUUUACCAGACCUCUCUGUGCUUUACAAUGCUUC